ACAGCCUUGGCGUGCCGUUCGGCGUUACCUCAGAGACGGCCAGUCAAUGGAGUCAAGCGGUCACGCCAAUGCGAUAAUAUUAUUGACAAACGAGGCCGUGGCCGAUGCAAAGGAGAUUUUAAGUCAAGAUAGUGCUUCGGGUGCAGAUAGAUGCUUUUCCAACUAAAAGGAAUAAUUCUGUGCUCAGUAAGUAGCUUCUAUGCAGCUGAGGCUCCGUGUCAACACAAAGGCCUAUGUAGGUAGCUAGUUAGCGUUAGCUGCGAACAUCAGCUGCAGCACAUUUAAAGGCCUGUAGUUUUAAUGGUUUAUUUGUGAGUCAGUUUGACUACUCUACCAACAAAUUAGCGUCUGAGUGUUUGUUUCUUCUCCGAGAUUAUGGCGGAACCAGGUGCAGUGGUCAUGCAGCAGAAUUUGGACAGGUGAGUUCAACUCUGGCUAACACGCUAAUAGCAGCUACGUAGCUUCACAUUAGGUAACUACGCUUGACAGAAAAGGGGGCAUGUCAACUUUGUUGUGCAGAAACAAGUCAGUUAUGGGCUUAUAAAAAAGUUUUCGGACAACUUCGUUAUUGGAAGUUAAUUAUUUCAUGUCAUUUGCAGGAUGUCUUCUUUAAUGUUGUGACUUUGAUGAUGCGUCAAACUAAGUUCAUAGUUAAGUUUUUUUUUCUGCCUGUCAUACACUAAAAAGGUGCCAAGAAUCUGUAAAACACUACCAAACAAAACUGUCAAGAGUAAUAGCACACUCAAAUAAUAAAAUACUAAGACAUUACAACACAUGUCACACAUGCCAUUGUUACUCCAGUAGUAGUUUCACAUUAACUUUAACUUACAUAAAUCAAUCACGAAUAUUCAGUUAUCAUCCAAUGUCUUGCUUACCUGUUUUGUAACUUUUUCAUCUCGUCUUUGCUGGAUACAACUUGCUUCCAAAGCCAGGAGGAAGAUACCACGUCAUAGUUUAUAUAUGCAGACCACUUUCAGCGAGGCCUGGGCAAUUUGGCAAAAAAAAAAGAUCACAAUAUAUUUUGUCAUAUUGUCUGAUCUCGAUUAUUAUCACGAUUUUUUUUUAACGGCCUGUAUUAAAGCAUUUGUUCUAAAAACUAAAGAAACUAGAGAUUAGUUCAACAUUUUAUUAACAUACAAAGUAAAUAAUAAAGCAAACUGAAUAAGAUAUCUCCUGUUUACUUCACCGGCAACUUACAGAAGUGAGCAGGAAAAGCUUGACUCUGAUUGGCUGUUGUGACGCACACUUGUGCUAUGUUUGAUCAAGUAAAUAUGCUCACAGCUGAUCACCGUGAUCGAACUGAAAUUUAUCACGAUCAUCGAUCACGAUCAUAUAAUCGCCCAAUCCUACUUUAUGCAUACACAUCUUUGUAGUUUUAUGACAAUUACAUUUCUGAAUCAUCCUGACCUCCUUAAAUUAUAUAGUAGUGUUGUGCCAUCUGCAGCUUUUAACCAACUAUCUUACCUGGUUACUGUUAGAGGACUGUAUCCUCUGAGAGUUCUGAUGAGGUUGAAAUCAAAGGGGAAAAAAUGGUAGUUGGAUUGAAAUAAAUGAGGUAAAAUGACUUUGCACUACUGUUUUCUCUCUGUAAGUUACACAUUACAGAUGAAGAGUAACGGGCAUACAGUCUCACCUUGAAAUGGCAGCAUGUGAGAUCCAAUAGAUUCUUAGCAUAGACUGAGUAGUAAGACCAAAUGGUGGUGAAGAUGUUGAGAAAAGACGUUUAAAAGAAGAAGCAUGAGCAGGUGUCACUACCUGAGUGAGUGGAGAUGUUGAACCUUAAAAAGGAAAAUCUAAAUGUAGGCUGUGAUUGCAGCCAAAAGCAGCAUGGAAAACUUGAACCCCCAAAAAAUCUGUCUAAAAAUAGAUCUGGGCCAAGUGCAGGUACCAGGAAGGAUGAGCAUGCAGCAGUGACAUUCAGAUUUAAGGGCAUGUUUUAAAACAACGACAUCAAGACUGAAAAUAGCUCUGUUUCAUUAGGAUGACAAUUUAAAAUUUGGCCAUUUAUUUGCGUAACCUUUGUAUCGUUCUGGCUAACCGUGAUACCCAUCCAGCGCUUUUGACCUAAGUUAGUAGACCCAGUUUUAAGGCCAGGAAAGUGUUGCAGUUGCAAGUUUUCGAGCUGACACCACAUGUUGAAGCUUGUCUUUUGACAUUGAACUGUCUGACAGCGCCAUUUUGACUCUGCAGAAUGAAGCAGUCCAGAGGAGUAGUUUUAUGGUGAUGAGGAGAGCACAUCCAUGAUGACAGGUGUGGAAUCAGUUGAAGUUAGAAACACACCCGGUGUGUGCUAUUCAGAUUAAUCACAAGAUGUGGUUAGUUUCUUGAUCCAAAGUUGCAUUAGUGGUCGUGAUGAUGGGAGUUUGUGUUCAACCAGUGAUUUGGGUGUGACUCUCUUAACAGUGUGAAAACAGUGUAUCACUGGUCGUGAUUUUCUGAGUGAGCUUGACCUGCACACACUACAUCACAACUGCAUGUGCUAACACUGCUCGCCUGUGGUGUAAUGAUAGCUCUUCAGUUAUCUGUCGUCACUCUAAUCUGUCUUCAUAAAUGCUUAAUUUGCUUGAUUAAGGCUUAAUCAAUUUAUGAGAGCUGGGCGAGCUUGGCAAAAAAAAAAAUCUCUAAUUUAGUCACACCAAAUUUGAUUUUAACUCAUUUGUCUCUCCCUCCUCCUCCCACAAAUACAUAAUAGACUCAAAACAAGUUUGAGGCCCAUGGGUGAUUAGGUCACUUUUUGGGUUUAACAGAAACACAAGUUAGCUUGAGGCACACAUUUGCAGAACCCAAUCGUCAUUGACAAAAUGCACAGUUAAACUCAUGGAAGGCUGGAUGGUCAGGACCUCAAUGUGGAUAGCACACAAAACACAGAUGGAAUCACGAAUUUGACAGAAAUAAAAGGAAAUUAACUGUAUAUUUAUAUGUAUAUCUAGAGGAUCUCCUAUCUCUCCGUGCCCCGUGGGUUGACCAAUGGCUACCUCACAUGCCCUGUGUGAGAGAGACAGUCCUUCGGUACAUCCCACCUGUUGAUGCACUGAUAUGAGUGACGUCUCAUCUUACACUUGAACCUUGUCAUACUGCUCUGUCAAACAUUGCCUUUGUCAUCCACAGCACUCAUGUACACUCAAUAGUUUGUUUAUAUUAUUUUUAAAUAUUUAAAUUAAAAAUGAAUCAAUAUUCAUAUAGAUCAGUGGUUCUCAAGUCCAGUCCCAGAGGACCACUGUCCUACAUGUUUUGGAUGUCUCCCUGCUCCAACACACCUGAUUCAAAUGAUCAGCUCGUUAUCAAGCUCUGUAAUGGCUUAAUAACGAGCUGAUCAUUUGAAUCAGGUGUGGACUUGGACUUGAGAACCACUGCAUUAGAUUAAGGAUAUUUUUCUUGUAAAUUGUUGAGACUUUAUUUCAUCAGGUUACAAAUUUGAUCACAUUAUAAAACACAGAAUGUAGGAUGGGAAACAGAAUUUGGUCUAAAUUAAAUUAAAUCUGAGAAAAAAAAUAACGGAUUGUAAGGUCCCUUCAUGGUGUCACUGGACUAAAUGUCUGUUGAAGUGAAUUAAAAUGACAUCCCCUCCAGGUUUGUUGCGAUCCUUUCACAGUUACAGUUGUAACAAGUCCAGUAAGAUACUUUACUCUGGAAAGCACAAACCCGGGGUCAGUAGUUUUCAGCAUGUUAAUAAACCCAGGCUUUCGCUGGAAGAACUGUGUGGGCGCCAUAUCUUAAGAGAUAUCCAACGCAAAUGCAAAGUGCGAUAGACUGUCCUGUGUUUGGUAUGUCCCUGGAGAGUUACUUCAUUUAACAAAGUGAGUGAAAGCUAUGGCUGAAGUUCGGUGAACCCCAAACAACAUUUACAGUAGCUUUCCACUCCGUCUACUACUUGUUGUACGUCCGGUGUGUGUUUAUGGGCCGAAACUGUUCAGAGUUAGCUCCAUCCAUGUUGUCACUGAACGUGUUUCUGUUGGACAUAAACUAGAGGGGUUAGAUUGUGAAUAUUGGAAAACAAACAAACAAAAACAACAACAUUUGUUCAAACUGAUCAUGUCAGUGUUUUUAUCCUGUAUGUAGUAGCGGGCAAAGUGGUCACGGAUAUGUAUCUUAGUGUUGCUUUACGUAACACUGCAUGUAUGGGAAGAAUGGCCCGUUUUUUUGUGGUUAGCAGAUGCUGCAACAUAAGAUCUAUCCUUCCCCUCAAAAUAGCCACUGGUAUCUGAUAUCCUGUGCAGUACUUAAAGACAUUUGCAGACAUUAUAUGCAGCACUUUCUGUCAAUAUUGAACUUUAGACUUUACAGACCAUUUCCCAAGCCCAUGGUACAGUGGCAGGAAUCAAAAAAGAAAGGCAAGUGAACUUGGUGACUGUGCCUCAGCAGUGUGUGGCAGAGGCAAUAACCCUGAGUGUGUUUGAGAAGCUGAUAGCAGGAAGAUGUAUGUCAUGUCCCCUUGCUUCCAGACAGUUGUGUACCCAGCCUCUAUCACUGACAAACAUAAGGCUCCACAGGCUCUUAUCUGGGCCUGCCACCCGCAGCCAGCUGCCCCUGCAAUGCAGUGUUUCACAGAAAGAUGUAGGGGACACAUUUCAAUCCAGACUGACCUUUUGAUUGGCUCACACAAAACCUCCCUGUUUUACUCUUAUAGUCUGCUUUUGACCCUGUUGCUCUCUGUAUGAAUUGGUGCAUAAAUGGGUGUGUUUACAUAGAGGCUGACAAUGAGCUUGUAGCCACGAUUUCAUGGUAUUUUAUUUUCAUUUUUUACCACACCCUUUGUCAAAGUUUUAAUUUUCCAGUGCCUGUCAAAUCCUUCUUCAAACCUAUUCAAUUGCAGUACAAUAGCCUAAAAAUAACUUCUGUUUGGAAAUCAACAGCUUACCUCUAUCUCUGGCAUGCAGAAACAACCUGUUUCAGCUCCAAAUAACACGUCCUGGACCUCUAUGUUUUAGCUCGCAGACUUUCCAUUGGCUGACUCUGAUGUAACCGCACAUGACUGAGCGAAUUUUGUAACUGUUCAAUCGCCUCCAAUUUCAAACCAACCCUAUUUAAGUGUUGUUUUUAACACAUCCCUGAUGACCCUGAUGAAGGCCACAAGCCAAAACGCGUCAGUUGAAAGAAGGUGUUUUCCUGAACUCCCAAGUGUUGCUGGAACUCUUUUAACCUCUUCAAUGCCAGAAUUUUUGUCCUCUAUCUUAACUUAGAACCAAUCAAAUUCAGCCAAAUUGUUUUUACCAUAAUGAAUCAGAACUUGUUUUUUUAAUAUUAUUAAUUCACAGUAGGUAAUACUGUAGGGUUGAUCUUAUCAGCGAAGAGUCUUGGUUUAAUACGGGUGCUUGAUUUACACUAGGGCUGAAACACCUAGUUAUUCUGCCAUUAAAAAGACUUACGAUAAAUCAUUUUCAAGAUGCAGUUUAUCCAACUGCAGUCUUUGAUUUGAUUCAGUUUUUGAUAAGACUUGGAAUCAUUAAGCACUGUUAUUAUCACUAUCAUUUAUCUCUAAGUCUUACCUACCUCAGCUGAAAACAUAAACAAAGCCUUUUGCCGGACUCCUGUGCGUGUGUUAAUGCCGUCCAAAGGUCACAGCGCCUGGUACUGCAGGGAGUGAAAGUACACAUGUUUGUUGUGGAGCGGCUUGAGGCAGGAAUGGUGUUGAGAGGCCCCUGAGUGAGUUGACUCAGUAGACAAACUGGACUUCCAGAUAAACAACAGAAACAAACCUCCCUGACUUCUGUUUACCCAUCCACUUCUUGAAAAUAAAUAACACUUCAAAGACACAAAAAAACAUACCAUCACAUUCACAGCUGGUAACUGCAGAAGUCGAAGUCUUGUCUCUCUGACUGUUAAGCUGAAAAAACUCAUAGGGGACACUCAGUAAAGAGCACCUUGAUUCUGCUCUUGGUAGUAGGACAAUACAUUUUUGUUAGGCUGACAGGCUGGGGCUCGUCAUGUAACUGAAAAGUAGAAGUCGUCAGUUGACCUGAAGAUUCCUUGGAAAUCUUUGUGUGUCACAGUUUGGUGGUCACGCCCUGUCUUUGUGUUGGGAACCUCCAGUUUUCCCACUGUCAUGUGACCGUGGUGAAAGGGUGCUUUGUGGUUGGGGGGCCUUCUGUGUUUCUCACACUUUAAACCUGAGUUGUGAGAUGAUGUUUGUCACACUCGCCUUUGGCACGGUCACCUCCCAUCAGACUUUGUUGAGGAAUAACAGUGUUGUGGGUUUGGGAUUACUUUUUAUCAUGUGUAAUUCUGUAAACAAAUAGUUAAACUUCAAAUAAGCACAUUUCAGCACAGUAAACUAGCCUGUCGUGAUAAAUGUCGAAAGUCAUCACAACGUCAGAUUCAGUGAUUCUAAUGUGAAGCCUGCAGAGAUCACAGGGAUCAAUAAUUUGACUCAUGAGUUCAGUUUGGCCGUGUUAUAGAAGAAAGAAAUUAAUAUUUUCAUCAUGAGGUCAUAAAUUUACAAGACUAAAAGAUUUACAAGGAUUCACUCGGGUGUUCCAAGAAAACCUUUUCCUCUUAAAUCUGUGACUUUCUCUGAAAUGAAGUAGUACUUUGUGGUUCAUUUAUGACCCUUUUCUGGUAAAUGUAGUACAUUAUUCUUAUAAAUUCAUCUAUUCUCAUAAAACUGCAGGUUGUGAUGUAAAAACGUGAUUCCGAAAAGCUCAUUAUUUUCCAUUCAUAACAUGGCUCUGAUCCUCUGUCUCGUAUGUUUGACGUCUUACUCUUUAACAGUAGAGGGUUUUAUUCCUGUUUUGAAGUCAGCGAUUUGAACUUCUUAAAAUCAUCUUCCUGACGCCCUGUUUCCAUUUGUCAAAAAUGUCCCAACCUUUGAAGGUCAACAGAAGAUUGUCAUCUGCUGUUGUUCAGUACAGAUAGUUUUUUCCCCUCUCUUACAGAACUUAACCACUAUACUCACCUGCAGCUCAAACACUGUCGUGCCGUAGGAAGUUCCUCUCGCAUGCCAGUCAAAAACUGCCGACUGACUGGUCGGUGUGAUUAUUUCCUCUGUGUGAUAGUCUGCUGGAUCUUGGUCUCACAUUGUGCUUUCUUUUACUUUUUGCCCUUGUUUGAUCUUUCAACAGAGUAAAAAUGUUGAAACUUUUUCAUCAUUGGUGCAAAUUUAGUUUAGCCUUUAGUCUAAAUUUGACUGCGUCGAGCACUGUCUCCUUGCUUUCAUGUCUUUCGUGUUACGUUUUCUGUAGGCAGGGGACGAUUUUGUUCACGUGCAGUGCAAGCUUAUCUAUUAGACAGGACAGAGGAGACAGCGAGGCAGAGAUUAAGGUUUCGUACAGGGGAUAUCAUUUCCCCACAGUUGUAUCAGGUCCUGUCAUUCUGUGGGGCAGGAUUACAGGAAUGGGUUGGGUUUUGUUCUCCACUGUCCUGCACAUGUUGAGACAUCUGUCCGCUGAUGGACUCCAUUUCUGAUUCUAAUCUGUUAUCGCUGUCUGUGGUUCUGUCACUGUGCUCUUAAAUAAAUGGCCACACGAUGCACUUACUGGGUCUUCUCCUACUUUGUAAAGGAACUGUCAUAUUUAUUUGGAGCAGUCAAAAUAUAAGCUAAGUUAGGAUAGUGGACAGAUGGUAGAUCAUGGAUGUAAAUGAAGUGUUGAUGUUUCUGUCAGAAUUUCCAUGUGGGCCAGUCCUGUCCAUGUCACCUGAGCACCUCGACCCUGAUGCUGCUCUCCUGCAGUGUUAUGUUUUAUUCAGCACCAGGGGUGCACUGUAAAAUCAGUCCUUGCAGGUGGACAGCAACCCAAACAAAUAAUCCAAGUGGGUCCCCUGCAGUCUGACACCAGUGAGUCUCCUCUAGGUCACAGUAAUAGAGCGCACACGGACCUCAGAGUGAGGGUGACAGAACACCACAGAUUUGGCGUCCAUUAUUUAUCAGUGGGAGCCACAGGGUUGAAAGACCCACAGUGUACUAUAGCUUGUUAAAUGUUGAAGCAUAUAUGACUAGAUUUCUGACCAACCUGUCCCAAUGAACAAUCCUAGUUAUAUUUGAGGUCAGGGCAAGUUUGCAGUUCAGAGGUAAACUUUGAAUUUAUUUAUAAUAGCAAAAUUUUCUCAAGAAGUUGUUGCACUUUGUUGGUUCACUCUUCCUAGCAGCUGCUGGUCAGACAGAAAACAUCACACAAACACUGUCGUCACAGUGAGACAGGGGAAUUAUCAUGUGUGAUAAAAAUCCUGAACCUUUUACCAAUCCAAGUUGCACAGAUACUUGAUUUUGUGUAAAUUGCACAACUGAAAUUUCUCUUGUCUUGCAGACAGACUGAAUAGGGCUGGGCGAUGUGGCCUCAAAUCAAUAUCACAAUAUAUUGAGCAGUUCACCUCGAUAACAAUAAAUGGACCAAAUCUACUCCACAAGCUGCUCACCCCCUCCCAUAUUAACUUUGUCUACUUCAGCCGCCGCUCCAGCUGCUACAACUUUUGAACCGCCCUCCAUCUCCUCACCUGUGUUUCCCUCUUUGGUACAGACUGGAGGGAGUCACGUCUCUGAUGUAGGACAGCAUCUUAAAGGGACAUCAUACCAUAGCCUACUUACACACAUCUAAAACCAACUUUUAUUUAUUGACACCGAAUAUACUGAUAAGGGCAAAAUGACGUUGGUUAUCGUCAUAAAUUUCAGUAUCAGUAAAUUUUCGGUUUAUUGCCCAGCCCUAAGACUGAAAGUAUAAUUUUACUAGAAUUAAUCUAAAUCGUAAUGCAACCCUUUUUUCCUUUUUAUUUUUUCAUACAGGAAAUUGAAAUUCCAACAAGCUCAAGCAUCUUAAAGUGAAAUUUGGAAUAUCUGUGACAUCUGCUAUCAAGCCAUUGUCAAAUGAGGAAAUUUGUAACGGUUCACCACAUUUUCUCUUAGAGUUACAUACUUGACUGCACAUAGGAUAAUUCAACAGCUGACUGUGUCAAAGAGACUGCCAUCUUUGUCUUGGUCUGUUGACCACCAAGAGGCUGUGUCUGUGUUUUAGAUGAGCCGUAAAGUUCCAGUCAGAAAGCUGAGCGGUAAUAAAACUCAUAGCAAAAUUAGUGUCAUCACUAGGUCCAAUUUUUUACCUGCACAAAAAAUCGACAGGAGUAGAUUUAGAAAUCACACACAAACAGGAAGUGAUUUCAGUAACAAGCACCACUGUUAACCAAGAAAAGUGUCAUCUAAAUAGAUGAAAAACACGCACAAACAGGAAGUGAUAUGGCCUGACUGAAAGUUCCUCAUUGUGGCUUUAAUCACUUUCAAUAAUCCUGAUGAUCCCGUGAUCACUGGCCAAAGCUUCAGGUUUUUCUUAGCUUUCCUUCUGAGCACAGCUUAAGAAACUUUGAGGUUUCAUCUCAGGUAUCAAGUCGUUUCUACAGAUUCCAAGGCACAUCAAAAUCUGCUCCUAUACAUAAUGGAAUAUGGGCGAUAUGGAAAGAACUGACAGGAUGUUGUUUACAGCCGCCGGCAGUGGGUAAUUGUGGGAGCUGAUGGAGCUCACAAUGAUUGUCCGUAAACCCACCAGACCUUUUUUUUUCCAUCCUAACGAACGCAGUGAAGGAUUAUGUGACUUCCUGCUGUCUGGAAACACGUUGAACAAUCCCAUAUUUGAUUUAACCCUCUGUGGAGUGUUUCUAAUGUCCCUGGUGAGGUCAGAAACAUUUCCUACUUUUGAGUGAGAGCAAACAGGCUUCCUCCAUUCCAGGCAUACCUGUUGUUAAAGACAGGAAAUGAAACAGUGAAGUCUCGAUACGUCUUAUCAGGUCACACACAUGCAGCCAGUCAUCUUGAGAGGAGACACUGCCCUGUCUGGUAGCUUUGGACCGACGUCUGAUUGCAGGGUUGUCAGAAGUAGACAGACCUGGACCUCAUUCCAGUGCAGUGGAGUCUGUAAUAUGAUUUAGUAGAGUUAAUAAAAUAUCUGUGCUGUUCCUUGAAUAGCUUUGAAUAAACCUGUCAGUGUUUAGUUUCCAAAUAAUCAAGAAAAAGUGUUUUUUUUUUUUCUUUUUUAAACACAGUCUCUAUUAGAGUUAGUCCUUCCUCACUGAAUCUGUGCCAGAGGAGUGUGUGGUGGUGAUGGUGGAGGUGUGUGUGAAGACAAAUUAUUGUUUCAUUCAUCCUUUGAAAUGCCACCUGUUCAAGGCUCAGUGUAAUUAUGAAAAUGACAGCAUAAAUGUCACAAUCGGAUUAUCAUAACUGUAAAUGGGUCCCUGAACCAGUCGGUCUCCUAGCAACAGGCAAGUUCAGAGGCGGAGGUGAACGUGGUUAUAAGGAACUCUUUCUGUACAGCUGGUUAUUUUUCUUCAUUUGAACAAAUAUCUCGCUGAUUUGAAAUGAAAUUUCUCCCCAUGCUACCUAGUUAAAGUUUCGGAGCCCGGACACAGUCCUGCCCUGGUUUUUGAUUUUUCAAUUUCAGUUAUUCAGCUCUCACAUAUGACUGUUUUAAUUGAAACUCUGAAGCCAAAACUAAAAUGUUGCUGGUCUGCGUUGUUGAAUUCAGGAGACAUUCAGUCAUGGAACCAUCCAGUCAGUUACAUGCUGAUGAUAAAUGAUAGAAAAGUGAUAUAAUAUCACAGUUGGAGAUGUCUUGUGAUAGGACCAGGGAACUUGGGUUUCAAAUGAACUCCCAGAUGUUGGACAGAUACUGAGCAGAAAGAGAAUGAUGGUGUACUGUUCACACAAGGAGUCCAUUUACUGAGGACACAGUACAGCAGGAGUAUCAAACACACUCAAGACUUUCUCCUUGAAGUGAAGAGGCACAGGUUUAAUGAAGUGAACAAACUGCCUGUUACCACCAACCCUCGUUCUUUUUCAGAAGGAGAAACCGUUUUCUCCAAAGGGCAUUGACUCUGUGUUGGUGUCGUGGAGCAGGUGCGUUGGGUUGAGGGUGAUGACCUCAAAGUUUAUGAGUCCAGUCUUUAUUUCUUUGAGAUCGUCUUCUAAAUGAACCGAUUCAGUUGAACUUUUUCUUAAAAGCUGAUUCUAACGAGUAGAAACAAUAAGGGAAGCACCUACUCAAAAGACAAGAUCAGAUGGGGUGGCAGUUUUCUCUGUCUGGUCCAGUCAAGACUGAUCAAGUUUAGAUAUUGGGCUGUUGCAGGUGGUGCUAAUUUACCUCCUGGGAACUUCAGAAAGAUGAGCAAGGCAUUGAAUCCCAACUGCUCCAGAUUGCUCAUCCCAGUGAAGCCCCCUCAUUUGGCCAUCUCACCACAAGUAUGUGUUCAGCUGUUCUGUUCAUUUUUUCUGACCCUCACUGGCACAGUGUUGGCAGACCCUUUUAGCAUUUCAUUCUCUGUAAGAGCACCAUCCUUGAUAAUUACUAGCAUUGAUAAGCUUAACAUCUUCGCCAUGUCAGAUGCCGCAGUUCUUACAGAUGAGUAUGUCCUUACACACGUGGAAAGUUUUGAGGAGCCCCUCUUACCCUCUGGUGGCUGAACUCUUUGCUCAGCAGGUAAAAUUAAACUCACAGGUUUGGAAGGAGCUCAAAAGUGAGGAAGGUGUUGGUUAUACAGACGGGGCUGUUUUGCUUUUACUGCGAGAAACGUGGGCACACUGUGAAUCAUGGUUUUGUCCUCAAUCCACAAUGUCCAGAGUGGCCCUGGUGCUUGUGCUGGGCUGGUACUAGUGCUUGGUGAAGGCUAGUUCAAGUCCUGUACCAUCUAAGAACCAGUUAAGUUUUCCAAGGACUGCUUAUGUGCUUAGGAGCAGCUUCAGACUCAUGGUUUGCAUGUGAAAGAGACAGACAGAGAGAGACAGACAGACAGACAGAGAGAGAAGAGUGUCCUCAAGUCUGACCCUCCUGUUGAUGCAUGUUCAUUAUGAACCCUCUUCAGGGCUUUGUUUACAAAUGCUGUUUACUUGCCCUGGCAGCACCCACAGGCGUUCACUGCUGCCAGGUUCUGAAAGUUGUCACACAGAACUCCUGCAUCUCUCAGUAGUGACUGUAGAGCCUGUUGCUUUUGUUUCAUCACGCUUACCAAGAUCCAUCACUCAAAGGGUCUACACCUCGAGGUUUCCUAAUGUUGAGUCAAAUAGACCCUGUAUUUGAACUAUUUAAAACACUCAGUAAAGCUGUGAAGUAUUUGAAACUCAAGGUUCUGACAGUCUUAGCUGGCUCGGGCUGUGAGCAGAGCUGCCUCUAACUUUCUGCUUUUCCCUCAAAAUCACCAAACUUUGUUAUCUGGUUUAAUUUUAGACUUUAGAAACAACAGAAAAAAGUUAAGCCAAGGUGACAUUAAGCAGCAAGACCCUGGCUGGUAAAAAUAUAUCAACACAUUCAAUCGUGAUCCACUUACUGGAUUGUUUUAUAGCUCAUCCCAAAUUCUCUCUGCCUCCUACUUUGACCUUUUUUAAGGGUGAGAAGAAUUUAGUCAGAAUGACUUUAUCUGUGUAGGAGGAGAGGAAAGAGGAUGUGCUGAGGUACUUCUGUGCAGGAUGGAGGAUGUUAAAAUAUGGUUUGGCCCAAGGCCAGAGCUGAGCAUUUGUCUGGGUGUUACACACAAGGGAGACAGUGUCUCCUCUGCAGCCCAGCCUCUACACAUCCUAGCUGUGGUCUAUCAGAACAUUGUGUUCACUUGCACAGGGAUACCCUGCUGGAUUUAGGUUUGAGUCACAGUGUGAUAAAUCCUACAGGCAACGUCAAAAGAAGGUAGCUUCAAAGUAGAAGCAAGAGAAAAAGAGAAAUGGUGCAGAAUCAGGUAAAAGUUCCUCUUUGGAGGGUUUGUGAGAUCAUUAUUGAUUUUGGUGUGAAAUUGUAUCCGUCACUGUCAUGAGAUAUGAAAUAUAAUCCUUUAUAGAUUAUUUGCCCUGGGUGCAGAUAGCUGAACAAAGGAUGGGUUUGUAUGAAUGAGUGUGAACAUUUGCUGUCAUGCUGUCAGCAAAACAGCUUGUUUACCUGUAGGCUCUAUGUUUUGAUCCUAGCUUAUAUCAUGCAAAGUCAUUGGCCCAGAUUCGUGCUGUGUGUGUGUGUGUGUGUGUGUGUGUGUGUGUGUGUGUGUGUGUGUGUGUGUGUGUGUGUGUGUGUGUGUGUGUGUGUGUGUGUGUGUGUGUGUGUGUGUGUGUUCCAGUCUGGAGGUAUUUAAGAGACUUUGAUCACUACCUCUUUCAGAGCUCUCUAAAUGUGCUCGCCAACACUUUCCUCUCAUAGAGCUCCAGAAAAACCUGAUCUAAGCUUCAACCUUUGACUCAAAUUUGGAGUGACUUUGUGUUGCUUAGUGCCCGAUUUUCCCUUAAAGGGGAAAUGAAAUAACUUUAGUCUUGCUCUGUCCUUCGGUCUCCCACAAUGACAAACAGAAAGUCCCCAGCAUGCACUCAUAUGCCUUGAUGUAUAAAAGACACACAAACCGAUAGGGGUGGGAGAGAAAAUCAAUACAGCAUCGUAUCGCAAUAUUUUGUCUAGUGAUACAUCGUAUCGUCUCAUUUAACCAAAUAUCUAUUUUUCAAAUUAACUGCGAAUAUGAAGUCAAAUCUAUGAUAAUGGAAAAAUAAAAUCAACUGUUUGUCCAGUGAGGUUGGCAGCGGUGACAUCAUAGAGCAGGAGAAAGUUAGUACAACAAAUAUAUGUAUAAGGUUUGCAAGAUGCGCAACAUGAAAAUAAAAUACUGUGAAAAUAAGACAGACAUAAAGGACAGACAAAUGCAAUAUUAGCUGAACAGUUUAAAAGAUUUUGUGAAUUGCAAUAUAUUGCAGUGCUACGAUAUUAUUGCAAAAUGUUAAAAAUGGCAAUAAUAUUGUAUCGUGGCCCAAGUAUCAUGAUAAUAUCAUAUUGUGGCUGAAGUAUCGUGAUAAUAUCUUAUCGUGGCCCAAGUAUGGUGAUAAUAUGGUAUCGUGGCCCAGGUAUUGUGAUAAUAUGGUAUCGUGGCCCAAGUAUCAUGAUAAUAUCGCAUUGUGGCCCAAGUAUCGUGAUAAUAUGGUAUCGUGGCUCAAGUAUCAUGAUAAUAUCGCUUUGUGGCCCAAGUAUCGUGAUAAUAUCAUAUUGUGGCCCAAGUAUCAUGAUAAUAUCGUAUCGUGGCCCAAGUAUCAUGAUAAUAUCAUUUUGUGGCCCAAGUAUCAUGAUAAUAUCAUAUUGUGGGGCCACCGGUGACUUCCACCCGUUUAAACGGAUCUACAUACACAUUACUGACACCAUUUUGAUCAAACUUCACACAGAAAAAUAAAAACUCAACUCUUUGUAAUCAGAGCUUGUCUUAAAUUCAUGUCUAGUUAAUUUAAGGAGAGAAUCUGUUCAUUCUGACUGCAGAGAUGUCCAUUUUAACUGGUUUUUAAAGGGGUGGGGGGCCCUGUAUUUAUUUUAUUGUAUGUGAAAAGGAACUACUGUUUCAUAGGUCAUUAACGUAAUGUAAUGCAAUGCCUGAACAGGCUGUGCAAGAACAGAAUUGAGAUUAAAAACAUCAUCAAAGUUGUCCUAGUUCUUGAGUUUUUAGGGGUUAUUAGCAGGGUUUCUUCUCUUUAAGGAAUGUAGAGGUGCUGUCAUGUAAAAAUCAGAUUCAUUCAGACUAAAAGGAUCUUCUUUCCUGAUUGUUAGGAUGCAUGUGCUACUUUUUUCUCCUCUGACCUUGUGUGCAUUUGUUCCAGGAGUUGCUGGGUGUGCUUUGCCACAGAUGAGGAUGACCGCACUGCAGAGUGGGUGCGUCCGUGCCGCUGCCGUGGCUCUACAAAGUGGGUCCACCAGGCCUGUCUGCAGCGCUGGGUGGAUGAGAAGCAGCGGGGCAACAGCACAGCACGUGUGGCCUGCCCACAGUGCAACGCAGAAUACCUCAUCGUCUUCCCCAAACUAGGUGGGUUUCAUCUUAGUGAAGGCAAAGCUAGAGGCCCAGGGGUUAAAUCGACACAGUUAGUUGCUCAGCUUUGAGUUCCCUUUAAGAGCUGAGAUGUUGAUCAUUGAAGGAUGACUGUGCUAGAAGGGGAUUCGGUUUCAAAACAUACUUCAUUUGCUUGUGAAACACUGCUCAGUUUCAGCUGGAGAGCUUCUGUUUCAUGUAGGUGACAGUUUCACUGAGGAGCAGAUCACUUUUAGGCAUCAAUCUUCUCCUGUCUUUACACUUUGACACACUCCCAUCGAUGGGAAAAUGGCUUAUUUUCCGAUCUGUUCAGACCUGAAAGUCAAAAAUGAAAGUAAUUCUUCUCUAGGUACUAUUUUACACAAAAAUAUCUUAAAAUGUGAAUCAGGGUAUCAGCCAGUGGGACAGUCACUCUAAGGUCUGCUGUGGGUGUCAAAUUUUAACUAUCAGAUAAUGCAUUCAACCAAAAAGACUAUUGCAAUGUUUGAUGCAUUAAGUUUGAACUUCCAUCACUGACAGCUUUGUUGACAAAUUACAGCUUAUGCUGCAGUGCGCUCACCACAUAAAAAGAGUGUAAUAGGAAGACCUAAUAAACACUUACACAAGAGUCAUAGGCUGGUAAUAACUGAGGGCGUCUGCUUCAAACCAACUCAAGAACUGUUCUGGUGUACUGAACUCCAUACCUGAGGAAAACUUUGUAUUUUUUAUGUUUUGGUCAGUAGGAAGUGCAGGGUGAGAGCUGGUCUCUUCUGUGCAUACUUUGGCUUUAGAUGUCAGUUUCUGCUGCAGGGGUGUUUUGGCUUCAUCUCUGUUCAGCCUGAGGAGGUGGAGAUGGAUGGUCUGGAUUAGUUUAAGGUUGAUGUGACUCAAAGAGUGAAAGGGGAAUUUGACCCUGGUUUACUUUUAAGGAUGUGAUUCUUCUGGAUUUAUCCGGAUUUCAUUCAGUCUAUUGAGACUUUGAAUAGACCACGUCUAUGUUUCCAGUUCCACCUUCACCUGCUGAUUUGAAAGGGAAAGGGGUGUGCCUUAUUAACUGUUUGUUUGCUGUGCUGUGAACAUACUCCAAAAGUAACACGACAUGGUAAGUAUCCAUUAGUAGGCAGAUACAGGCUAGGAUAUGAGUCCUUAAUAAAUAUAAGGAUAUUUAGAUGGGGACGGGGUGUUUUGGUGUGCUUCGGUUAUAAAGGCAGUGACCAUAUGUGAUGCAGUGACAUAUAGUAAUCAUAUUUUUUACUUGCAUACUUGGUAAUCGGAGUAUACAUAAUUAGCAGCAGCAAAGUGCCUAUCUCUCUUUUCUGUGGACCAGUGUUGACUCUUGAACAAAACUUGCAAGUAAUUUAUUUUGUCAGGUAAAAUUUUGGGAUGAGCUAUGCCCGGGCCUGCUCUUCAGAUAAGAUAUGAAGUACUUUUUUUAACCCCGAGGGAAAAUUUGAGCGUUUAUUUGAUUCGACUUAGUAUAUUUUCUUGCUUAUUUGAUAAAAAUAUAAAUCAAGGACACAAAAAAGGGACAGGUGUUUCCAGACUUUAAAUCCAAAUUUGAUAUCUCCACCCUCAAUUCGUCUUUGAAUUUUUCAUUUUCUUUUGUUCGUAAAAAUAUAAGCAGCAUUAUGGAGCAUGUUAUCAUAUACAAAGCUUCUUGAAGCUCUUGAAGACUCUCUUACAGCUGCUCCCUGUAACAGUAUCCACAGCUCUGAGAGCUAUUGAGUUAGUCUUGCCUGAGUGCUCGUGUUUGUUUACUGCAGAGCAGUGCAGGUUCUGUGGUGAUCUUGGUCAAUAUUUCCUCUCAGCCUGACGAAGAACAGAAGAUCACUCGUUAUAGACCCCGACUACAGGCUGAUUAACCAGUGGCAGCUCAGAGAAGCCAGUACUCCAAUUAUGCCCACACGUCAGAGUGACGGAAGCGCCGGUUGUUCCCAAACACCGGCUGUGACUCAUCUAACUAACAUACAUCAUACAUGGCUGUGCUUGUGUGGUUAGACCCUAUCCAUGCCAAAGUUUCAGUGUCAGACUGAUUACGUCUACAUUUCCAAACCUGGAGGAUGUAAAGUAAAUACUUGUCCACAGUUCUGUGUGGGUUGCCCAUCAGCCUCUGGGCUACUGCUGUUUGACUUCUCAGAGAGAGAGAGAAGUUGGAAUUUGAGACAGAAGCUGGCCUUAAGACAAUGUCAGUGUGCAUGAAGCCUGGCCCAGCUGGUAAACAGGUUCAGGUGUAUUUAUAGCAACCAGGGCUGUGCUGUCAGUCAUUGUGGUGCUUUAAGCGAAAGGUUGAGCUCAGAGUUUUUAAACACUUCCUCCUACUCAUCAGUAGAUAACCCUGUAUAUGUGUUUAUCACUCUCCGAGGGCUGAACAUUGGCACUGCGCUGGUAGCUGGCUGUGUUUCCUGUCUGCCGGACUCUCUCCCUCUGCUUUUCAGGCUGUGUUAAUUAGCUCAGAGGUCCCUCAAGAACUGUUCAUUAGAGCCCUAACAACUCUCACAUGUGGAAUGAAGAAGCAUCCUUUCAGCAGUCCAAGACACACUUUUAACUUUUGACUUUUGUUUAACACAUGCAGAGAUAAUUAACAGUACAGGUUGUCUUUAAAGAGAGGGUUAUAAUGCAUUAUUUUUUAGACUCUGUACUUCCUCUCUGUUUCCUCUUUGAUAGUUUUACAUAAUUUUCAGAUUAAAAAAGACUAAUUUCUCAGAGUGGUGUAUUAAAACAUCAUACUACGUCAACGCCUACUUUCUUCUGAUUGGCCACCUCUGGAAAAGCUUUCUGGCCAGGGCAGAGCUCGAAGUUUUGGCCCCGCCUCUCGAUUGUGUUCAAUUAGUGUUACCCCUCUCCUCCGUGGGUGUCACCUCACACGCUAUUGGAGGCAGGCCAGUCUUCUUUGCUGGAAGCGCAGAUUGACCAGUAAGGAGAGACUAUAACGCUGUUGUAGGCAGUUUGGUGAGUCUCGCAUCUUUGCGCAGGCUCCUGUUUUGAACAGUUUACAUCCAUUUUCUAAGAUUAUAACAAAACACGUUUAUUUUGCCUACAUGUAGUAUGAACACCAAACUUAAUUACUUUGCAGUUUUUGUUGUAAAUGUGGAAAAACAUGAUACCCCUCCUUUAAUAUUGCUGAUAUUUGUAGCUACUGGCCCUAUAAGUCAACAAGCCAAGAAACCCCCUUAAUGUGUUGGCCACAGUGAACACUUGGUGGAUAAGAUUUACAGUUUUGGAAAAUUAAUCAACAAAAGGCAAUUUGACUUCUGUAACUUAACCUUUCCUUGCUUUUACACUCCUGUUAACAGUAUAGGAGUGAAAAUUUCAAUUAAAACACAAUUUUUUAGGAAGCAUGUUAACAGGCAGCCUCUCGUGAACAUUAUAUUUUCAAUUCAGCGUCAUUUCAUUGUGUGAAAAGGCUUCAGGGUGGGGUCGGCUGUGGCAGAAGGUAACAAAUGGUGCAGAGUGAGAGGGAAUGUUCAAGUUUUUGAGGCUCAGAUUCACAAGUUACCAAAAUAGCAACAGGACAAAAGGACACAAUGUCCAGGUGCCGUACAAAUGUGUGUCUUAUACACCUGCUCAACCUCCUGCACUGCUGGGACAUUGGCUUCUGCUAACAGUAGCUUGAAGGAACAUAAUGUAUUUGCACCAGCACCAAUGUGUUAGUGCCAGCUCACGGGGGCACUUUGAUAUAAUGUUGAGAGGCAGGAGAGGGGCUUUUUGUGGGCCAUAGUUUACCUUCAACCCUUCAGUACUAACAAUGUGUAUCUAAUAUGGAGUUGCUGCUAAGGUUUCAAUACAAUGUAAUUCUGAGCAGUCAUUUAAAAAAAAGAUGUUGAGUUGAAGCAUUGAUAUUCAGCAGGUACAUUACUAACUUCUUGCAAAUCAUACAAAUGAGAUCAUGCAAAGAAAGUAUUUCUGAUGUUAAAGUAAAGGACAAAGUAAGGACAGGAGCAUGUUUAACACUAGGUUAAAUCGUAUCUUCCAUUAGCAAAACUCAGGAGAUCGGUCUCUGGAAUCUAGAGAGUGAAAUGUUUUCUGUUCUUGCCUGGUACAGGAUUUUAGCAGCUCAGAAGUUCAGGGUCUUUGUUGUAUAGUUCGUUUCAUGAUGUGCCAAGUGUUUUUGAUAGAUGAUAAGCCAGACAGGCCAGGUGAUCACCUGGACUCCUCUACUACAUAGCUAUGCUAAUGUAAUACUGGAAGUUGUUGGCAGUGCCUCGCUGACAUAUGCAAAAAGACACUGUUCCCUUCCCUUAAAAAGACACAGUUUGGAUGGAUCAGCAUUAAUGGUGCCUCCCAUAUGUGGAAGCUACUACAGCCAUUAGCACUUAGGCAUCCUCAUGAGUUAAGGGUACUGCAGAGCCCAUGCUGUGAUUUCCACCAUAGAGUCAUAUCUGUUUACAAUGCAGAGCUGAUUAGAAGAUUUUUGUACAGAUUUUCAGAUUUUUUUGUGGUAUAGUAGGUGAUGAAACCAAUUGGUUCCGACCCUUAUUAAGUUUAAAAUAGGCACAUAUUUUCAUGAAACAGUUACAUUUUUUAGUUUUAACAUUUAAAGUGUUGUCUUUGUACUAUUUUGAGAUGAAUUUUAAAUUUAAAAGAUUAACCAACCAUCAAAAUCUGUCAUUUUUGACAUUUUACACAGCAUCUCAACUUUAUUGAGAAUAGGAGCUGUACUAAUAUUGAUGUCUUGACACAAUGAAAGUUGAAAGUGAGGUGUAAACAACAAGCUGUCCAACGCCUAGGCAACCUGGCAAUAAACCGUACUUGGACAUGCUUUUGUAAAUGGAUGCAGCUUUAAAAAAAGAGAUUUGUGACAGUGUGGUUAAAGUUGUCAUGAUUAAUGUUAAAUGUUAAAGAUUUUUGUAUCUUUUUGUAAAUUUGUAUAUUUUUGUAUAUCUAAAAAAUCAAAAAAAGGUACCAAGAUGUUUCAGCACCAAGCUACGUCAAGAUGCUUCAUAACUUUAAUACUUAGUUUCUUUGACUUCCAGACAGAGAGGAGAAGACGUCACAGAGUUUUCUGUCCCUAGGUCAGUGGUUUGGACAACUCUGGGUGUCCGUUUACAGUGUUAAAAAAUAACCAGAAUUUCAUCAAUAUACAGCAAAGAACGAACCUGUUAGGAAAAACAGGGGUAAAUCCAUAACUUAAGAGUUUAGCAAGGAACGUGUUCAAAUCCUGUCUGCACUUAAGUCAGUGUUAUACCACUGUGGAGGUAUCAGAGGCACACGGUCCUGAUGUCUGUGAAUCCUGUUCUCCUACUGCUUGUAAACCUGAUGUUUAUUUCUGAUGUUCAUUAUACAAAUAAGUGGAAUUGUCUGUUUUUAUUUUCAGCACACAUUUGUUAUCUCUUCUUACUGCUCUCAAUCACAACAUAUCGGAGUCUUUGCUGGGUUCAGUAGCUCUCAAAGUCUUGCUUUUAACUCGUAACAUCAGUGUUUUUCUCACAGUCACACCUCGCUGUGCUCUGUGGUCGGUUCUUCUCAGCCAGCUCUGUUUAUAGAUACAGAUGAGGAGUGAAAUGUUUAACCUCCAGCUUGACGCCUACUUUAAACUUUGUGUUACUUUGUCUUGUGUUUAAAUGUUGAAGCGGGUCGGCAAUCAGCCUUGUGGGGCAUUGUGAUGGAUGAACCGAGGGUUUAUUUUGAAAGGGAACUUCCUCUUGGUGGCAGAUCUGCUGAGGCAUGGUGCCCACGGUGAUUAGGCAUUUUCAGACGGGAGGAACUUCUUUGUGGUUCUAAGAACAGAUGAACAGAAGAGUUUCUUGUAUUUUCACCGUGAAAACUGGUAAUGAUCUUCUUGGAAUACAGUCUAAAAGGAUUUAUUCUCUCGCUUAACAUGCAUGAGAUUUUUCAGACUAUGACGGAUUUUAAAAUAGCAAACCACAGACAGUUUUUUAACUUCAACAAAAACUAGCUUUUCUCUUUUAAUUUUGCUGAGAUAGAUGAGAAGUAUGACAGCGUAAACACACUCAGAGUCAGUAGGCUGUUUUUGAAUGACAUGGAGUAAGCCUGCUCAUUUAAUAGAAACAUUAGCAUCUUAGUUGAUAACAGACUUAUUCCUCAGUUAAGCUGCUAAUUUUAUUAAUGUUGGCCUACAGUGCCCACAGUGGGGAACUUGAGUUUUACAGGGUUGUGGUUGUUGUAGGUAAUAAUUAAAAUGAAGAAUUAGAAAGAAUUAUCAUCUGUUGAUAAUCCGAGGAUUUCUUUUUAUUUAAAUGACUGUUUACAUAUAAUAGUCAUUUACAUAUGACUAUUUACAUAUCAGCUCUGUAAUUAAUCAAUGACUUAACACAGAGGCAUCCAUGAAGAUCAUGUUUUUGACACUUCUGGUAACUAGGGCUGCUACUAACGAUUAUUUUAAUAAUCAACUAAUGGGUCGAUUAUUUUUUCGAUUAAUCAAUGAAUCGGAUACAAAAACACAUUUAAUUUCUACCACUUUGUUUUAAAAAAGAACAGUUGAACCGACAGAGCAAAUGAGUGGACAAAAAAACAAGUUGCUGCCUGAAUGUUCUGUUACAAUAAUAUUAAAUCAUAACCAAGCUUUCUAGCAUUAGCACUGUUCUCUGACGUAUAGGCCACCACAGUCUGACAUAGUGCGUUUCAUUAUUCUGUCAUCUAUUUCUCAUUCCUCAAUCUGGCAGAACCGAAAUGCUUCCACAUAUCAGAUUAAAAAUCACUGGGGCAUCCAUAACUUCAGAAUUACCCUUCUGUCUCUCGCUGUGGGUGUUGGCCAUGAAGCAGCAAGUUGAGCAUAAAGGACAGCACACCCCCCAGUCCACUGCUCCGCUGAAUCACAGCUACACUUUGCCCCACAAGACCCUCUGUUUCCUACUGUUACUCACCCAGGACAGUAUCAAGACACUUCAGUACCCAUGACACCACAAAAUUGACAAUACCAUCACAAGAAGUUGAUGCACACUUGUGGGAAGGAAAUGCAAAGAUUUAGUGAGCAAAGAUCAGACACUUAAUACUCCAUGAUCACCAUUUCAAACUAGAAUCAUUUUCAUUUAGUAGUAUAGUUUUUUUCUUUUUUUUUUCCUUUUUUUACUGUAAACCACUUGAAGAUAUGACUGCAAAGUAGUGGUGACUCUACCGGUCCAAAUAAGCCAUUAGCCGGUCAAGUCCUUGGUCUUAUAUCUCAGAAAAAAGGGAUUUAUCAACUGCUGUUACGUCCAGUGAUUCCAUUUUUAAAUGCUUUAGCUUCAGGUUUUCUCUGGUAAUUUUUUUCUGCUGUCCAAAACAUCUAUUAACCCUCCUCCUGUGUUAGGGCCAGCACCGACCUGUUUUUGUUUUUAAAUGCUUAAAAGAACCACUUUAAUUAGCUUUUUUAUCAUCAAGACUUUUUGUCUAUUUCAAUGAAUAAAAAUAAAAAGAUUAAAUUGACUAAAUUAUAAAAUGCUCUUAUUAAAAAAAUUAUGGACUUGUUGUGUUAGGGUCGCUGUUGUUAGAUUAAUGUGCACCGUCAGGCACCACACUGACAGUCAGAUCCUCUUUCAAUCAUGUGAGAUUUAGGAAACUCUCAUUUUGCCAGGUAUUUCCCUGCACAAAAACAAUCUUGGGCAUGUCCAGACAUGUGAGAUCAAUUCAGUCUAGAUGUCUGUAUGAGGGGUAUACUGACAAAAGAAGGCCCACACAACCACAACAAAAUAUUAUCAGCAAUAUUUCCAUGGAUAAUGACGCCUAACAAGGUAACCUAGAGAGGAGAACCAAACUGGAUGAUAGAGAAUUGUUUUUAGUGUGAUUUUCAGAUGAUCUAGGACGCAGGUUGAAAACAACCUGUUAACAUAGUGGGUGGGUAGUAAAAGCUAAAACAGAAGGAAGGUUGAGUAACACAAAAGGAACUGACUGGAUUGUUGGUGUUAGAUGCAACUACUGCUGCUUUUUACAUCCUCAAUGCUACUUUUUAGUUGACUUUGAAGAUUUAUUGUGUAAAAUCUUCCUCCUCUCUGAAUACUUUCUAUACAUGUCCAGAUUGCAGAUAACAGUCAUUAUUAUCAUCCUCUGAACCAGUGCAAAAUACACAAGAGUGAACCUAUUGUUAUCCUGUAAGCUCUGAUAGAUAAGUACAAUCUAUCACUCACCAGUAAUACCGUUGUACAGUGUUGACUUGUAUUGAGGAAAUCCCUGUCAUGUUUAUUGAACAUGUUUAUUGAAAGGAUCUGCUUUGUUUGUUUGUUGCACAUGAAGCCAAGGACCACACAUGUCAAGGGCAACAUAUCAAUAUUAACUGUUUAUCAUGAAGUUUAUUUGAUGCCAAGUAGUCAUUCUUUAUGGGGAUAAUGAACGUUUUUUAAAAGCCAUUAAAUGUCCACAUAACAUUAGCUUUUGUACAUUUGUGGAUGUGGCUCAACUUUGAUUUUGGAGGGUUUUACAUCUUUAGGCUGGUCAUCUCAUCAUUAUUUAAGCCUCUUUGUAAUUGAAUUGGAAAUAAGGGGCUUAGGGGUACCCUUUCAGUGAAAAAGAAUUAACAACACUAAUGAGAAAUACAACUGUGGACCCUCGUGGUGGAGAGGGAUUUGCCCCUAACUUUAGGUGAUCUGUGUUAGACUUAGUCCCCUGAUCUCUACUUCCAAACUUCACAAUCAAAAACAGCUAUUUAUGACUGUUUCUUUGCUUUGAUAAUUUCUUGUUGAAACCCCAAACAUAUAAAGAUAUUUUAUUGUAUAUUUCUGAUGUCCAGAGAUUUCUCGCCACCAUGUCCGAACCAAAAAAGAAAAGAAAGUCCUCCUCAGUGGCAGCUGAACCCGCGCAGACAUGGGGUGAAACCGUGGUCAGUCUCCUCAGAGAGCCUCAGGACCGUAGCUGAGAGACUCUUCAUCUUCAGAGAAACCGGUCUUUCCCUAAUCCCAUCGUCAAGUGUGAGACAGAGGUGAUGAGGGAGCAGAGCAGAGAGGCUGGAUGUGUCUGCCAGAGGAGAGAGAGGAGUGGCAGCGAAAGUGGGUCACUUCAGAGUAGCUCAUCAAAGGCAUGAGUGGAGUGGCACUACCUCUCUGCUGAUGAGCCCAUGAAAUCACAGCCCCCCCCCCCCCCCAAAAGUGUUUCUCGGAGACUCAGUCAUUGCAAUCACACCUGGACAGAGCUCGGGUCUGGGGUGGGGACUCUGUGGGGAACAGGAUGUGCCUCAGACUGGAUUGUAAAGAGAACUACAUGCAUAAGAUGAGGCUGAUUUGCUCGUCCUCUGCAUGUGUGGUGCUCUGUGGUGUUUGGAAAGUGUGACUGUGACUUUAUAGAAUCAAAAGUGUCACCCCACAUCUCUAACAGCUACACAGACAGUGUUUUUUUCCCCUCUUUUUUGUCAUUCUUGGAUGUAUAAUAUAAUAAUUCCUUUUAACCCCUCAGUUUAUAAGCUCUGGACGAGGAGUUCAGACCUCAGGCUGCAGGGUUUUAGUCCACUUUCAAGUACACAGGUGGAGGGAAGCACUUUCUGUUCUGCUGCAUCAUUACUGCAGUGCCGCUUUGCUGUUGCCUCGACUUUAUUAUUAUCAUCAUUGUAACAAAGAAAAAGUGUCGUUUUGUCCUGCUGGUUGUACAGACAGUUAGGUCUAUGAUGUGAAUGAAGUUGAGCUUAAAACCUCAAAGCUCACACACACAGACCUCUCAAUUUAAAGAACCCCUGCAGCUUUAAUUAGCUGUCAGAUUUGAAUAGUAGCGGCUCGGUGACAAGUUAGGGCAGCUGCAGAAAGUUAGACAUGGUGAAGAGUUGACCACAGUGCCUCAUUUCGCUGCUGCAUGAUUCACUGAAAUUUUGCAGCUGCAGCCAAAGUGGACAAAAUAGUGGUUUGCCAUUUCAUGAAAGUGUCAUGAGUCUAUCUGCUUGAUUCUCAAAGGGAUUAUUGAUAGUACUGAAAUGUGUAUUUCUCAAUUAAAAAAAAUAGAAAUAUGAAAUAAAUUCAUUUUCAAUAUUAAAACUAGAAAUAAAUAAAGCUUACACAGUAUUUUCUGAAGUGUCUCAUUAUUCAGGCUGUGAUUUCUUUCUGGUGAGGUUUUGUUACAUGGUGCGACAGUCUCAAAGGUGUCUAUAAAAGUGCUCUGCUGUGUUUUUAUUAGGCUUUGACGGCUUUAACCUGCUUCUAUGUCUUCAUCUUUACUCACCUGAGUCUGCGCUUGUGUGCAUUUGCGAUGUAGCGAGAUACACAUUGCAGGUUUUGCACAGUUUUUCCGUUCUGUCUUGAUAUAAUGGAGACCCUUUAAGAAUCUGUGUCUUUAUUUAGUCUGCUAUCAAUACUUUUCCAUUAGACGGUAGAAAGACAAGACUGGUGGUUUUAGUGUUGAGGGAAUAGGAUGUAUUCUUGGCUUUAAAAAUUGGUGUUGCGUUUCAAGCUGAUAAGAGCUCAUGUUAGGAGGUUGAACAGGUCAUACUUCCACAUGUGAUAUCUUUUAGUUUUUGCUCAGCCCAACUCUACCUCAAAAACAUCACAGUGUAUACUUAUAUCGCCUAGUUUAGUUAGCUGACAAGUCUUUUUUAAAGCCAAUUUUAAUACAGUUUGCAAUAUUUAAUCACUAUUUAAAUUUUUGGGAGCUGCUACAGAGUUUAGGUGGGAUUACCAUGGCUGUUUUGGGUGGAGGAAGAGAACAGAUCAAGAGUUCAUGGAGCUUUUUCAACCACAUGAUAGUUGCAGUUGGAUCAUCCUGACACUUCUCCAACAGUAUGGGUGUAGUUUGGCCAAAGUGGUGAUGCUUUUUGCUGAGAUCUGUGAGCGUAGCUGCAAAGUUGUUUCUCUUUCGCCCAGGAGAUGGCUGUGUCCCAUGUAACACCAAAACACAAGCAAUAUUUCGUCUCGUAUUUCCUUGACCUUACUCUGGUUGCAGUUUUGUAAGCUCUAAAAGAGAUCAAGCUCACCAUACUAAAAUCAAAACAACCCCAGCAGAUAUAAAAUCCUGUGCAUAUGAGUGUCAAGUGUCAUUUUGUAUCAUUUUCUAGUGUCAUGUUUGGACGGCUGCUUUGGAAAUCGAACAUCAGUCAGGCAGAAGUUUUCAAAAACAGUGAUGCCAUAGAUGCAGUCGCACCAGCAGUGCAGCUAUAGGAGCCUAAAUUACACAAAUAUAUAUGAAACUUUGACCUGUAAAUAUUUAAAGUCUCAUAUUAAAAUAUUUAAAGUUAGAGGCAAAGAUUGAUCUGAUGAACAACUCUUUCCUGGUGAUUUUUUUAUUAUCAGCUGAUCUAAAAAAACAACACGAUCCAGCAUGAGUCUGGUUAUGGGUCGUUUAUUGAAUCAGGUUGUGUUGCUUUCAAUUGAUCUGAGGCAAAAUCUGUAAGGAGGAGAGCAACAGUGAGCAUGCAGAUAUGAGGAUAUCUGUACACUGGCUGUAUUCCCAGCAGCACCUGCUGCAGACGCCCUGACAUGCUAAUUUGGCCAGCGGUAUAACUAUGAGGACGCCGUGUCCUUGCAGCUCCUUCUUUACUGACGUUCUGCCUGCAGAGUAAACAAGCCAGCUGGAAGUGUGUGCCAGUAUGCAUGCCCACUACUGACAAAUUGCACUUUUCCCCUCUCUCCUUCACAUCCCCCCCUCCCCUCUUUUUAAUUAUCUUAAUUAUGGAAUCUGCUGCCAGCAGCUGAAAUGGAUUGCUCAGCUCUCUGCCCUGCCAGCGGCCAUUAAGGGCAACCCAGUUCCCUCCGGCUGUGAUGGCGUAAUGCUUAGGCAGGGAGAAAGCGGAAGAGGUUCCAACCCUGUCAUCAAAAUAUGCCAAAUAAAUGCACUCAAGCCGCGCAAGAUCGAUCUGGUCUGCACACACACAGGUGCUGUAAAAGUAGGUAGAGAGCUUCCGUGUUCACAUCUACUUUAGAAAUAAAAGAAUGAUGCUGAGUUUCUAAUCCCUCUUACUUUCUUUAGCCUCCUUUCUCCAGAAGUGGUUCAGAGAAAAGACCUUUAGCAUGGAUUGACCUGUACUCUCGACUCGUGGCUUUUAUAGAGCCUGAUUCAGAAAUAGGUGUACAGCUAACAGGGGCUGAAUUGUACACAAGUUGUGGAAAGUACUUCUGGGCUGGCUGUACAAACAGUCUAAUAAAAUCUGACUUAUGUCCUUACUGUAAAAAGCAAUAAACUUAAAAUAACUGAGUGAACCUAAAAAUGACUUCUGAGAGCUGCUGCCACUUUUACACAUGAUGUGUAGGCUUCGGAAACUGGAAGGACUGCCAUUAGAGAUGUCACAGUUUGGUCCAUAAAAACAUUACUACAUUAUAUAUAUACCUAAGGUUAGGAAGUGUAAACCCGGGGUCAAUAUGGGACAGUGAAAGACAUCUAUGUCAGUGACACGGAUAACCAGAAUGAUUUCUCACUCAGUGUCCUUUUACGCAUCAGAAAUAAAGGUGCGAACAGCCAGUCAGUUCACAGUGUUUCUGUGUCGACACCCGUUACUCUCUAGAGUUAGAAGAAGGUGCUGGAGUGUCAGUUAUCAGGAAGUUAGGGGGCGCUCAGGAAGCCUCCUCUCUUUUGGACACCUGUGGGCCACCAAAUAGUGUUGGAACAUUGACUACAUAUAGAAUAGACAACGUCUGCCUCCUCGCUGGGUGAAGCCACCCCAAGAACAGCACCCUCAGACUGGUUUGUGCUCAAGUCCUCUUUAUUCUGUACAGCUCCAUUUUUAAAAGUUAUUAGGGGGUUCAUGUUUUCUAUGAUUGACACCUGACACAGCCUAUGGGCAAACAAAGACUGCAUAGAUCACCUUGGGGAUACACUGUUUGAGUCGAGGGUCAGAUCAGUCACAGCGACUCUUGGCGACUCUCCGAAUGCGUACAACGCGACUGCACAGUGUUGGUUUUAGGAAGUGGAGAAAAAAAAAACUGAUUUAUACAGUGUUUUAACCUAGUAAAAUGACCAGUUUUCAAGACAACCAGCCUUCUUCUCAGAUGUUACAAACGAUGAAAACUUAGGGUGUGGUAUCCUUACUUAUGGUAUCCUGACAUAAAUACAAGAGGCUGAGCCAAUACUGGUGACAGCUCAGCUCGCAGCCCCUUUCAAAUGAACUUUGACGCCAUUUCUGUUCAGAGAAUGGCAGAGAGACUGAUCUUUAACAUGAAUUUGAUGUAUCUGCAGCUCUGCCAGCGGCCUGAAACAAACCCCAGCACAGUUGUCAUGAAUGUGAAAUGAUGGCAGCUCAGUGUGCCACAAGGUCAGCUUGUUUCUUUGCUGCACGUCAGCCGCUUAGAAUAAAUGAAAAGAAUCACAUAAAUAUCAGUUUGCAGCUGACACGCCAGAGGGGAAUGCGUUCUUGAACUCAGCCCUGCUUUCACAAUGACCAAUGACUCAGCAACGUUUCAACGCCACUUCAUAUCUUUAUUUCCCAACAAGACAAGACACGUGUCAAAAUCACUGUUUUUAAAAUAAGGUGGUAAAUGUCAGUCUUACUGAGACACGACCCCGUUGAAAUGACCUUCAGCCAUUUUAUGAAGAUGUGUGCUUGUGUCCCAUUUCUGAAUAGUGAUUCAACAUCUAACAUUUCUGAAGGGAAAAUGUUUGAAUAGCCCAACACUCGUGAUUAUUAUUUAUGAUCAUUUCUUCAUGGAAAUGCAAUCAGACCGAGAGGCCAAGGCAGAAGAACUACCGCGCCUGCAGUGCAAAAUGAUUAAUACAGUGAUUAUUACUUCAAGGAAAUGAUAAAGAAAUGAUCAUAAAUGUUUUUCCUUGAGCUGUGUCACCCCGCAGCAGUCCGCAAUGGACUGGCCCAAGGUCUUGCUACAAACAAGCGGCUGCUUGAAGAGAGUUGGUGAGUUGUAUUUAGUCAAACCAGGCAAAGUUGAAAAGGUGUUUGGUGGCUAGUGUUGUGUCUGGGACCCUAUAUGUACUGUUGAUGAAGUUAGGUGCUGUUCUGAGUGUUGUUUGUGGCGUUUUGGUUGAGGUUUGUUUAUGGCUCCUGAGACUGCUUUGUAUUGCUAUCGUGUGGUCGUUACUAAAGUUGGUAUAACUAGAGAAGCAAGCGGCAACAUUCAUCUCUCGAGGGGGUGUCUAACUCAGUGUUACUGUGUGUUUGACCCUAAAUUAAUUUUACGUCAGAAUAUCCCUUUAAUUGCUAUAAAACAAAUGUGCAUGUAAACAAUGCUGCCAAUGUUUUUGUUGGUAUGUUCUUCUCACUAAACCUGUCCUGUAACACAAAAACCCGCAUUUUACUGUGGUUUGUCGAUGCUUUGUACCUGUUUUCUUCAGUUUGCUUGAUGUCUCUUUCUCUCAGCUUGUUGCAUGUUGAGGUCGGUGGUUAAUGGCUGACCAGUGAACAGCAGAGGAGACAAUGAGAAUCAUUGAGGGGUGUUUAAAGUUUGCUGGUGUUUAGCAGGAAAGCAGGGUAAUAGUUACAAGUACAUCACCAGUAAACAUGGUUUCUUCUUUAAGCUCUACAACUACCGUGGAACAGAAAGACACCUCAGUAUAAGUUAGUGUUUACAGUGAAACUAAAACCCUCCAGAGACAGAUAAAUCAGCCAGACGGAUGGCCAUUACUCUGGGCGUUAAAACUAACCAAUAAAAUGGCGUUUAUUUUGCUGAUGAAUUGAAGAAGGCUGAGGAACUGCUAAUUCGACAGUUACUGUGGUGAAAAAAAAAACUGUAAGUCUAAGCUGGAAGUUUAAUGUAACUGCUGACUACUCUGAAGUUCCAGUGAAGUUGGCGUCUGAUCUGAAAAGUUCUCAGACAAUGACCGAUGAUUAACAUUAGUCGCUUCCAAAACUGCUGCUUGAGAUACAGUAAGAAGUGCUUUAAACUGAUCCCAACGAUGUCUCUGUGAGUUAAUAACCAUAACAGGACAAUCUCUAGUUUGAAUUAUUUUUUAUCAGUGACACUGCAGAGAGGAGUUCAAGAGCGACAGAAUAAACGGACUCUGACAGCGUGAGUCUUUUAAUAAAACAAAAACACGCAGACUGCAUUAAUCACUACAUCAGAAAUAUCACAGAAGUAAUUAGAAUUAAAAAAGAGCUUUUAUUGUGGUAAUGGUUUCCAAAAUAAAGGUGCAAAGAGAGGGCAGUAGUACAGCACUUAUGUAGUUUUGUCUUUUAGUUUCUGACUUUAUUAUGUAUCAUAAUUGAGCUUUGUUACGAAAAUAGGAGAUGGGGAUAUUUACAGUCUACUAUCAGUUGUUUCUGAUUGAUUUAACAUAACACAAAUACUGAUUGCUUGUUCUGUCUACAAAGGUAUCAGUGUCUUUGAAAUGACCCCUGCUGUGAGUCAUUUAAGCGAACAGUAAAGUUUGAUGUCGAAGUUGGAGGUAGUAGCUGCACAGGGCUGUUUUUUUAUGUUUUGGAUCAGAUCUUGCAGUCAGUUUACAGAGCUCCACUGCAGCACACAGAGGCUGGGUGCUGUGUGCUCUCCUCCCUCUGACUCCUGGGCCCGGUUAUUAAUAGGAUGUGGAUGGUCUGUCAGGUUUUCUUCCUGUAAAUAUUGCAUGAUUUCCCUGAGGUCGGCUCAAGAAGAGGAGGAGGAGGAUGCAGCAGAGAUGAUUUCAGACUGGGUGGUGCUCGGAAAGCGCGUUCGGACUUUAGAUUAAUCCUUACUACGUGCUUACAUGAGAACCAGCUUGGUUAUUUUUGACCAAGGUGGAACCUAUCACGAGCCUCCUCCCUAUCUGUCAAUAACACCGCCACCGCCGCACAAGGUGUGCUCCAUACCUGACCUGCUUUCCUCUGACUCACAUGACUGCAUUGUUGUCAUUUUUUUCUUCCUGCUCGACCUCGUGGUGUUCGGUCUGAGUGUCCUUGUGUCUUUAAUACUUUUACUUCACUUAAAAACUUUCUGCUCAAAAGUCACCUUGCUGGUUUAACUCCUCCAGCUCUUAAACUCUUUCCUGGAUGUCAACACUUGUACAUUUCAAGCUGCUGCAUCUCUUCCUGGAGAUGAAUGAAAGGUUUACGGUUGUCUUAGAGCAGCAGUAGCUUUCUCAUGACCCCUGCUGUACAAUUAAAUGCUCUUCUUUGUGUUAUCUUCUGCAAUACCUCUGUUAGUGAAGAGUUAGCUGAGCAGCAGUCUAACCUUUAGCUUUCCUAUUCCAUCAGGUCCUGUGGUCUACGUGCUGGAUUUGGCCGAUCGGCUCAUCUCCAAGGCUGGCCCCUUCGCUGCUGCAGGCAUCAUGGUGGGCUCCAUCUACUGGACCGCUGUCACCUACGGAGCCGUGACUGUAAUGCAGGUACAGCCAGUUCCUGUUUAUUAUCGGUCCUUUUAGAGUUGAAUGAGAGUCGGCUACUUUCCCUCCUUUGCACCUGGAUUUUUUCCACUUUGACAUCUCUUCUGCUCUCCAGGUGGUCGGUCAUAAGGAAGGUCUGGACGUCAUGGAGCGGGCUGACCCUCUGUUUCUGCUCAUCGGCCUGCCCACCAUCCCCGUCAUGCUGAUCCUUGGAAAGAUGAUCCGUUGGGAGGACUACGUGCUGCGUCUGUGGAGGAAAUACUCCAACAAGCUGCAGAUCCUCAACAGCAUCUUCCCCGGUCAGGACACACUCACACACAUAAGCUCAUAUCUUCCCUCUGCCUCUUGUUAUGCUAGUAAUAAAACACAGAAUGACCAUCGCAGUCGUGUUUGAAUUUGUUUCUGUUUUUCUCCUCCCUGGUCUCUGCAGGGAUCGGCUGCCCAGUUCCUCGUAUCCCGGCAGAGGCCAGCCCCCUGGCAGACCACGUUUCUGCCACACGGAUCCUGUGUGGCGCCCUGGUUUUCCCAACUAUUGCCACCAUCGUGGGGAAGCUAAUGUUCAGCAGUGUGAACUCGAACCUGCAGAGGACCAUCCUGGUGAGUACACACAGUAUACAACAAACCCUUAAAGGUACAGAGAGGCUCCAGAAAGAAUCUGCAUAAUCCUGUCGGGUGAAAAAGGAAACCAAAAACAUGUAAUAGUAAUGACAAACAAGGAUUUAUUUUUCUCUUUCUUUCAUUUCAGUACAUGUUUGAGUGCGUGUACUUUACAACAUGAUGAAACCUGUAUUGGGGGCAGUAGCAGAUUAGCUACUGGAUAUCUUAGAUUACAUAAUCCUGUUUAAAGUGAUCCAAAAUAGAAACUAUUGACGGGUUUCUUGUGUACAAACAAUACGAGCUGCACGCGCAACCAGGGGGCAAAAGUCUGGAGUGAACUGUUGUCAGUUAAGAUGGUGUUAUAAUAAAAUGCCAUUUCAUUGAAAAAACACUUUGUCUUUCAUUGCAUCACAAAUCAGAAAAACACUUUCUGAAAUAUCCAUGAAUUUCACUCAAUGUACCAGGUUGUUACGUUGUUUUGGAUGUUUCUAAUAUCAGGAGCAGGGUCGUAAUGUUAGUGAAUGCUAACAAAGUCAAAGUAAAACUGUUUAUGAUGAGGCUACUUUACAGCCUACCAACUUUUUAAAGAACCCGCCAAUAUCACUGUAAGUAUAGGUCUGACAGCUAAUUAGCUAGGUCUUUAUGGAGAUGGCUUAGACCAGUGGUUCUCAAGUCCAGUCCUCGAGGCCCACUGUCCUGCAUGUUUUAGAUGUUUUCCUGCUCCAACACACCUGAUUCAAAUGAUCAGCUCGUUAUCAGGCUCUUAUAACGAGCUGCUCAUUUGAAUCAGGUGUGAGAACCACUGGCUUAGACAAAUGAUAUCAACAGCCUCAGCAGCUCAGACUGCACCUGAACAAACUUGCCCUCAGCACUGGUGAGAAAUUACCAGACUCAUAUAAUAUUCCGGGUGAGGAAUGGACUGAAGAUAUGUCCAAAUGGCCAGCUGUAAUAUGACCUGACAUAUAAAAUUAUCUCAUGGAGAAGCAUAGUGUGUACACAAAAGACAGUUUGCGUGCGUACGAAUCUUUGGACGCGUAUAAUUAUGUACUUUGUGGCCACGUCCAAAACUUCAAAUGUUAUGACAGGAGUUCAGGGUUUUGCGCUUUGAGAGCAGGUGUCCUGCCCAACCAGAGACAGGGAGUAAAGGCAAAACCUUAUGAUGCCUGCACCUUCAGGACCCCAAUCUGCUCUUUUAAUGGCCUGGAGCCACAAUCUUCUUCUCCUCUUGGCAAAAGGAUGAGAUCCCCUCAGGAUGUCAAACAGUUUCCAUCCAUCCUUUUGCCAAUACGUGCAGUUUACAGCACAACAGCUUCUUGUCAUUUCCUUUCUCCGUUGACUCCGCUAGUAAACAGCUAAGAAAUGUCCCGCUUUCUGCCCUCUGGCUGCGCACGCAUACCUGCAAUGACGUUGCAGAAAAACCCGUCAAUAAUAGACAGAACAUAAUUCACAGAAACAAUAUCACCUUUUAGUUGUACCUAUUUUAGCUUGCAGGGUUCCUACGCAAGUAUGGAAUAAUUUGAAUCAAUUUCCAGGUCUUAAAAAGUAUGGAAAAAGAAAAAUGUUUCCAGACUAUUACUACGGUUCUAAAAUACUGUUUUCUAAAAUGGAGAAGUAGUUUUUUUUUCCAAAAAUCAGGGUAUGGAAAAGUCUGGAAAUUCCAACUGUGUAGGAACCCUGAAGUAUUUAAAGAUACCCUGAGAAAUCGUAUCAUAAUAGGCAAAAAGCACAAGUGUAAGCAACACACGUAUAUCUAUUAGAGAUAAGACAACCAGUCAACCUUUGCUCAUAUAAUAACAAUGAUCUUUGACUAGAAAGCUGGCUAAGAUGAGCUUUGUGCUGAGAGAUUUUGGGAUUAUAAAGUAUUAAAAAAUGCUCCAUGAAACAACCUCAACAAUGAGCAAUAUUUUAAUGGAGGGGGAGCUCAGAGCUCUGAGGUGUGGAUGACUCAUUAAAAGUGCCUGUGCAGGUGCCGUGUCCUUAUUUUACCCCCUCUGAUUUAAAGGCAGCGCAGCGCCACUGGAGGAUCGAAUAAUAAUAACCACUGAUUAGAGAACAAAAGAGCUCUCAGCUGGUGGCGAGCAGAGAAACGUAACCAGAGUGGCUCUUUGAGAUCUGAGCCGCGCCGACUCGACUGAACACGGUGUCCUCCGCCUGUGAACUCCGUGACUGCAGACAGGUACAGAGGCAGGCAGAAAGAUGGGCUGCUGACUGGGAGAGUCUGUGAGGCGGAGAAAAGAAGACGCCCUAUCAUCAAGAUGACCUGUCAUUGCAGAGCUGCUGAAAACCUCAGAUCAGCAAAGUUAAAAUAUGCUUUUAAUUGUUUCAGGUGAAAAAGGGGUUGAAUUUAGGCUGUUUGCUGCAGUUGGGCAGAAGCCUGUCUGUUCAGAGCCAGCCUCAAGUGGACAUAAUAGGAACUGCAGCAUAGAGUGUGUAGAUUUGCACAAUCUAGAUAUCUAACAUUUUUCUGAUGUAUGCUGUAUUAUUUUGUUCACAUGAUGGUUAUUUUUAAAAAGCAGUAGUCGAUAAUCUUGUAACCAUGGCGGCUCCACUAGCUGCAGUAAAAGCCGAGCACUAAGGAUGAUGUAAUGAUGGCUGAAUUCAUCCUUUCUUCUCUUUCAGGGAGGAAUCGCUUUCGUGGCCAUCAAAGGAGCGUUUAAGGUCUACUUCAAACAGCAGCAGUACCUGAGACAAGCCCACCGCAGGAUCCUCAACUUCCCCGAGCAGGAGGAGGCCUGAGGAGGCUCUGAGGAAGAUCUGAAUCCAGAGGGAGGACAGCCGGAUGAACAGCGUGCCCCCCGCUGGAGGGGGAAGGAGGAUGUAAACUGUCAGACUGUGGACAGGAAGUGCUGGUGAACCACUUACCAUCAGUGUCUGCCCUUAUCUCCUAACACCUCACCCCUCUCACCCCCUUCUGGAGUGACUCUCCCCUCACCGACACAUUUGAAACUUCGAUGAGCUGCAGACUGACCGAAGCAUGUUAGCACACAAACACACAUUAACACUCACGUCUUGGAUGGGUGUGCUUCUACAAUCACAUGACUAACCCUUGUUGUAAACUUACUGUAUUUUAAAGGAGGCGUGUGGGGCAUGUGUAAUUAGGUUUUAUAAUAUGAACGAUAAUAAAUAACUGUUUUAUAAAGUUUAUUUUGCAGAUUUGAAGCCCUGCCUUUGCCAGUGUUUGGGUUAAUAUUGAGCGAGGAGCGCUGUGUUCAGCGUGUGGAAUGUAUUAAAGAUAAAAUGAUAAAAUGUGUUUAACAGAUCAGAAACACACACACACACACACACACAUGGAAGGAGUGAAAACACAGCUGUGUGUGAACUCUUGAUUCAGAUGUACUUGCAGUGUUCUUGUUGAUCGUCUGCAGCUUUAACCCCGUUUUAAAAAAAACUCUCGUUGGAUGUUCAGACCUCGUUCACAGUUACAAGAGGAACCUGGUUCUGACAGACCAGGUGGAUGAUGAUCAACACGGAGGCUUAAUUUUUUUUUCUUUUUUCUGUAACACUUGACUCACACCUAACGUUGACUUCAGCACUUUCUCAGAAGAAUUGAUGAACAUUUCAGUCUGAUGGUACCGGUGCGCAGCCUCAAGUCUGUAUCAUGAUUCAGACUGCGGUGAAACUUGGACACUAUGAGUAUAGAAAGAGACUCACUGGAUGAAGUGUGUUCUGGAAAUUAAAGGGCCAGUUCAACCAAAUAAUCCCUGUAUCACUGACUUACUGCUGUAGGCGUGCAAAUUCACCUUAUUCACAUGGUGGCCGUUCUCUGGCUCUGUGCUCUUGGUUCGAGGUUCAAAUCCUGUUACAGUGAUGUACCACAACACAGUGUAGAGGGUACGUGUAAAUACAAGGUAGUAAUGCGUGUAAAUCACUUCUUUUAAUUUACAAAAAUUUAAAAUCAAAGGGUUAUUUGUUCAAAUUUAUAACUUUUUCAUUCCUGAAGUCAAAUCUCUGUUUGAGAGUGUAACUUAAAUAGAUUUAUUAGGAGGUACAGAAAUGGAUAAGAGCUUCUGACCCCCCUUUUUUUUUUGCUAAAACUAAUUUAUCACAUAAUUUCUACGAUUAAAGCCAAAUUUUUCACUUUAAAUUCCACAUUUAUAAUCAGAAUUCUGACUUUAACAUAAAACAAUCUCUGAAAACUUUUCUCAGUGGUCCUGAUCCUCUUCUGUAAGCAGGAGAUGCUCCUAAAUAUGUUGUUGGCUUCAGUCUUGGAGUAGUUGAAUGUUACCAUUUACGCCUUUUAAGUUCUCUUUAAGCUCCUGUGAGUGACUUUUAGAUUGUGUUGAUUCUGGCGCCCCCUGUGGACAAAGUGCUCCCACUUGAAUCUUUGCAGUUCUUAACCUUGGGAACAUGUUUGUUUUAACCCAAAAAUCUCAUCCUAAUUUGUUCUAACACUCAAAUGUGUGACUCACUGAAAGGCUGUUUCUGCAGCAGGCAGCUCACAGCUUGUACUGACAUCUGCCUGGAGUUUCAUUCACCACAGCUCUGCAUGUGGAUGGACGUGUUUGUCCCUUUUAAGACGUGUAAAGACAAAAAAACUUAAAGGAGCUUUUAACAUGACCGGGUGCACCAGAUUGGUCUUUUCAGGACCUGGUGAGGAUACAUCAUGUUGCCAAAGAAAAUACUAUCUGCCAGAGGUACUAUGUUGUGCAAACAAGAUAAUUAUAAUGUGAGAAAAAGCUCUAAUUCUGUGUGCACAAGAUAAGUCGCUUUUUACAGUAAGUAACACGGUAUCCUGGCGGUACAAUUUAAUCAUCCUGUCUUGUCACAAGUUGAGAUACUGUGCACUCCUGAUACAUUUUACACAAGAUUUGAUUGUGUACACAAUCUACUUGUCUUUUUGGAUUAUUUCAUCAUGUGCACUUAAUGUAACUGUCUCGUGGAGGCAAGUUGGAUUAUUUUGUGCAUGUGAUAUAAAUAUCAUGGGGAAAUGUUUUUAUCUCCUACUAGUGAGUAACUAUCUUUUAGGAACCACUUAUCUUACAUGCACAAUGUCAUUAUCUUCUGGUGUCUUACCAUCUUUCCAGCGUAGUACACUGUGUUGAUCUUGUGUGCAGAAGUUACUAUGGUGGCUUGUGUCCACAAUAUCAUUAUGUGUACACAUGAUUUAAACUUUUCUCUUUUUGAAACUUCAGAGGUCUGAGUUGUCCACUCUGAGCAUGUGAAUUAGAAGUUUUGGUAACACUAUUUGACGCCUCUCUCUAUAACGCAUUAUAAAUAUAUGUAUGAUGCGUUAUAAUCACGUUAUAGCACUGUAUGACUAUAGUUAUAAACACUCAUAGAUGAUCAUAAUGCUUUAUAGCAAUAAUCAUAACACAUUAUGAAACAUUUUAUUGGAUGGAUGCCAAUUCGAUUUAAAUUGCGGUUCUAAGAUAUUAUGAUCAUCUAUGAGUGUUGAUAACUAUCCUUAUACAGCGCUAUAACGUGAUCAUAAUGUAUUAUACAUAUAUUUAUAAUGCGUUAUAGAGAUAGGCGUCAAAGUGUCACCGAAGUUUCCACCAUGUGAACAUCGUGAAAAUCGUUCUUGAAUUAAUUCAGGUUUAUGAGUUCUGCUUACUAUGAACUAUGGUGUAAUGUAGGUCCAUAUCUGAAGUGGUUCAUUGUUAUUUUCAGACAUCCACAGUAAAAAGGGAGACUAUUUCAUGACUGACACUUUGCUGUAUUGUUGUGAUCAAAUGCUGUAGAGGCAUGUGUAUUAACGCAGCAGUGGAAAUCUCGAACCCUGAGAAAACAGUUGAUGUACUUUAUCUAAGAGAACUGUGUGUGUGUAAACAAGGCUUCAUGUGAUCUUAUUGAGCUGACUCUAAUGUGAUUUAUUCAGUUGAUUGAUAACAUGAUGUGGCUAACAGCUGAGCUAAAAGCAGGGCGACAUCAAGUGUGUGAGGAGGCAUGAUGUGUAGUGAUUUCUCGGACAGCUUCCCUCAGUAUGUUCACUUCCCAGUCCACAGAAAGAGACUCCAAACUGAACCGUGUCGUUGCUUCUGGUUUUAGAGUUCUUGUGGUAUCAGUCAUCUGUGAAUAAAUGUAUUUUUCCAC